AUGGCGAGCUUGUGGCAGGCGGCGAUGGGCUCGUCCCAAUCAAGUGAAAACUACGAUGGAGUUGAGUUCUGGGUCAACCCGGAACGGUGCGGUUGGCUGAUGAAGCAAGGCGAGUACAUCAAGACGUGGCGGCGCCGCUGGUUCGUGUUGAAACAGGGGAAGCUCUUCUGGUUCAAAGAAUCCGACAUCAAUCGCGGUUCCAAGCCACGUGGAGUGAUCCCGGUGGCCAAUUGCCUCACGGUCAAAGGCGCCGAGGACGUACUAAAUCGGCAAUUUGCUUUUGAAUUGUCCACUAGCACUCCAGAUCGGUCACUGAUAAUGAGAUUCUCGAUUAUGAUAGCCGGAAAUGAUGAGCUCAUGAGUUUAGAUGGAUGUGAUGAAUAA